AUGGCCACGGAAGACGUUGUCCGUCGCGACCUGAUGGAUGAGGCCAUCUCCCCCCGGCAGCCGGCGCCCUCCAUCGAACGGACCAUGCAGCCGGGGAGCCGUCUCAGUAACCCCCUCAACCAUCUCGAUAUGCGCGCCGACCCCGAUGCGCAAGCCACCGUUUCUGACUUCCUCGACUUUACCGAAUACCUUCCUGCUGAUAUCACCCGUUCCCUAACUUUGAUCGGCAACCUCAGCGAAACCUACGUCAACAGCUCGUCUAAGCUGAACGACCUUAGCACCACCUGGGGAAACCUGCCAAGCAUCCCGUCCGGCGACAAGACCGGGGCCGUUCGUCUGCGCGAAGAGAUCGCCGAUGACCUCCAACACGCUUUAAACUCUCGUGUUUAUUCGCUCGCCGAGGCUCAGCGCAUGACCGAGAAUGUCCUCCGUCACUAUGCCCGCGCCAAAACUAUACUCGGGAAACUGUCGACGAUGCGGGAGAACUACUCCGCUGCCGAAGAGCAGAAGAGCCCCGUCAUGACCAAGUCGCCCCAGAUGUCGCGGGCCUCCAAAAUAACGACACAGAACGACGGGCAGAAGGUGCGCAGACCUCGGGUCCCGCGAAUUACUGUUCCGGGAGAGGUGCUUGCCCCUUACGACUUGAACUAUGACGUAUAUACUACGGGGUCGGAUAGCAGCUCAGGGGAAGAGGAGGAAGAGACCGAAAGUGUGACCCCUGCUCCGCAUGCGCGCAUCAAGUUGGCCAAGGGCGCGUCAAAAACGCCGAAGCCCGGCAGACCACCUCGGCCUGCGGGCUCUGUCGCAACACCCGGCACGCCAGGCGCUGUCUUGCUAUCUACAAGCGCCGCGAUGGCGCAGCUGGCGCCUCCCCCCGUCAACGCUGUCGUCGGCGGGCCGGACGCGCCUUGGGGCCAACUCACACCUUAUGAGCUAGCCAGACUUAGGAAACGCAUGAAAAAGAAUGCCGCGUGGACACCUAGUGAUACCAUGGUGGCACGCGAGCUCAACGGGCUGGGACGAGGUAUGGAUGCGUUCCGAGCCGCGAAGCAGAAAGCCGAGGAGGAAGGGGAGGUUUUCGAAGGCAAGAUGCCCACCCCUGAUGUCGACCCCGACACGGGCCAGACGCGGAUGCCAGCCGGAGCACUGACGCUGGAAGCCCUGGCGUCGGAUGAAAAGAACUUGAGCAAUCGUGGGAUGAAGCUCAACGAGGCUAAGAAACUUAAGAGAGAAAUGCUGGCCAAAAUGGCUGCCGAGGAAGCCGAAGAGUCCGCUAGGAGGUUCGACGCCAUUGCUAGGACCUUAAUGUCCGAUCCUAACCAAGCCAACGCUCAGGAUCAAUCCAAGGCAGCCACCAAAGCAAAGGGCCAGAGAAAGCGCAAGCGCGAUUCGGCCCCCGAGGCCGAGAUAGAGAAGCCGGAGACGGUUGAGGGACAACCGCAGCAGCCCCAGCGGCCUCAACUAAAGCGGACAAAGACAGAGACUCCGGUCCCCCCUCCACUCCUGACGCCAGGCGGCUCACAGCUGCCCCAUGAGACCCCGACACAACCCCCCCAACGAACCUCGAAUGCGGGCAUGCUCCAUUCCACCACGCCGAUUCCCCUGCCAAUCCACAGCCAGGAGCAGUCCAUCACAGCGAAGUCGGCGACGCCAGCGGUCUCAGCAACGUCUCCAGCCAGCAGCUACGCCGGCCCGACCAGCGUACCCACCCUGGCGCCCGUCAAACUUCCAGCUGCCGAAACCCCGAUCCCUCCUCCGGUGAUCUCGCCUAAAAAGUCCAUGACACCCAUCCUCCCCCCAACCAGGGAAACCCGCAAGACUCAGGCAGCGCGUGCGCAGGAGCAGCAGCAGCAGCUCGAUGCUCGCGUAGCCCAAGUCAUAGGCGACAUUUCCCGCUCCACAAGCCCAGCAGCCACCCCCAAACCCGACCCUGACGCUGCCUCGGCCGUCACGCCCACCCCAGCCACCAAUAGCACAGUCCCGCGCCGGCCUGUGUCCCGCGGUAAGGCCGCCAGUCAGGAACCACAGUCGUCCCUCGCUGCAGACCGCCCCCGUCGCGCCAGUACCGCCCGGAACACGCCUGCCCCCGACCGGACCGACCCACAACAGCAGCAGCAACAGCAGCAACCACAACCACAGCAGCACCCGCAACGAACAACCCCAACCCCCGCCCCAAGCACAGGCACAGGCACAGGCACAGGCACAUUCCCAGGCCCGGGUUCAUUCACAGGCACAUCGGCGGCGACCGCCGCCACAUUAGCGGCCGGGGGCGCCCGCCCCGCGGCAAACAAGCGCACAAAGGGGCGCCCCCGAGUCAUAUUCAGCGGGCAAAUAAGGGGGGUUAAGAGCGCGUGGGCAAUGGCAAGGGGGGCGCCCGCAAGAUGA